AUGGCGUCCUCAGGUCCGGUUUUGAAGUGGAAAAAAGUAACUACUGCAUCAGGCAAUGUCCCACGUUCUCGUCACGGUCACAAAGCUGUUGCACUGAGAGACCUCAUUGUUAUUUUCGGUGGAGGAAACGAAGGGAUAGUUGAUGAGCUUCAUGUGUUUAAUACAUCUCUUAACCAGUGGUUUCUGCCUGCCGUGCGUGGAGAUAUACCGCCAGGGUGUGCAGCUUUUGGAAUGAUUUCAGAAAACACGCGUGUUUUGCUUUUUGGUGGGAUGCUGGAAUACGGGAAAUAUUCAAACGAACUUUAUGAGCUUCAGGCGUCGAAAUGGGAGUGGAAGCGACUUAAACCCAAGCCCCCCAGAAACGGUCCAUUACCAUGCCCACGCAUAGGCCACAGCUUUACCCUCGUUGGCCAAAGGGCGUUUCUUUUUGGCGGAAUCACAAACGACAGUGAGGAUCCCAAGAAUAACAUUCCAAGGUAUCUUAACGAUUUGUAUACAUUAGAACUGCGUCCUAAUUCCUCGGCUAUGUGUUGGGAUAUCCCAGUUACUUAUGGUCAGCCGCCUUCACCUCGAGAAUCUCAUACAGCUGUAGCUUAUCAAGUUAUGGAUGGCCUCAUCAAAAAAUGGCGUCUGCUUGUGUAUGGCGGUAUGACAGGAUGUCGCCUCGGUGAUCUCUGGCAGCUGGAAAUAGACACAAUGACCUGGAUAAAACCCACGGUUUCGGGUGAUCCCCCUGCUCCUCGCAGUCUGCACAGUUCGACUGUGAUUGGCAAUCGCAUGUUUGUUUUUGGUGGAUGGGUACCUCUCGUAAUUGAUGAUAUGAAAACAACGGCCGAAAAGGAAUGGAAAUGUACAAAUACCCUUGCUAGUCUCAACCUUGAUACAAUGUCAUGGGAGCCCUUCCAGAUGGAAAUUUUUGAUGACAGCCUUGUACCGCGUGCGCGAGCAGGUCACUGUGCCGUCGCCGUCAACACACGUCUCUACGUUUGGUCCGGCCGUGAUGGUUACAGAAAAGCUUGGAACAAUCAAGUUUGCUUUAAAGACUUGUGGUUUCUGGAGACUGAUAAGCCACCCGCUCCAAAUCGGGUUCAGCUAGUCCGCGCUGGUACACAAAGUCUUGACGUUACCUGGGGUUCUGUACCAACUGCAGAUGCUUAUAUAUUACAAAUUCAAAAGUAUGAUGUCUCUACACCAUCGUCAGUGCAAUCCCCGUCGGUGAUUCCUCGAUUAAGUUCACCUAUGGCUCUUGGUGACGCCCCCCAACCCAAAUCUUCUGUCGGUGGCAUGGCGACGCCAAGUGCUCCUUCCCAACAACGUUUGGUAGCUUCCUCCACAGUUCCAGUUGGUGCAACUUCAUUGCAAGCGUUGGCAAAUGUGGCUACAGCUGCGCCCGUACGCACAAUUUCCUCCGUCACCAGCCCACAGACUACGCCGGUCGCCGGAGGAGUCGCUGCCGGUCAUCGUAUUCCCACAGUGGUCACUCCUACAGGUUUAAAAAUUACGCCUGUUCCUGGAAGUGCAGUCACUGGACGCGCUGCAAUUCUCGUCGCUGCACAAUCUCAGCAACAAAUUACUCAGCCGUCCGGAUUAAUACGAGCCACUAGUGUAGUUACUACCGCCGCAAAACCACAAAUAAUCACUGGAAGUAGUGCCAAGCAAAUCGUCACGACCAACACCAGUGCUACAGGAGGCCUUACUGUCGGUUCAGUAACUUCCGCGACAACUCCAAGCGGUCCUAGCGCUGCCAGUUCUGUCGUCCACCUUGUUAAGACUCCCACAGGCCUAAUACGUCCCAUUAAAUUUCUCUCUCCGUCCAACACUUUGGGCCAGCAGCAGCAACUUAAUGUUUCCGCGAAAACCAUUUCCGUCCACACCUCCCAAGGCAAUAAUCCAAAAGUGAUUAAAGCAUUCCCUGCCAGCGUCCUCCAAAAACCAGGACCUGGAAAACCGAUUUUUAUCACUAGUGGGACACCAGCACGUCCGAUUACCCCUGCAGCUGAGCAUACUGCGAAUGUCAAUAUUCAAGGCGUCACUACUGCACCCAGGCAGCAACAAGUCGUCAUCGUUGGGACUACUGACGUCUUUUCACCACCUAUAUACUUGGUUUAUCGCACAGGUAACGUUGCAAGCCCCGGUCAAGCAAGCAUAGUUUGGGCGACCCCGGCUAAACCCGUGACCACCAUAGCCAAUGUUACGGGUGGUAGUGGUAACCAGGACGGUGGACAAAGUGACAUAACUAAGUUCACCGGUUCUCACCUACCACAACUUGACGGAGCAGAAGAUGAAGAAGAGAAAGAACUUAGUGGUACAACAAGUAAGGCGGAUGAAGAGCUUCAAUGUCGAGAAGUGGCCAAUCCCCACGGUGGUUCUGGAAUUGGAGAAGCUCUGAGUCCUGCCACUGAGCAAAGUAACUUGCACAGUGGAACUGAUGUUGGUACUUUGGUGGAUAACAUGGCAGCUGAAACUGCUGCUGAACUCCUAGCCACUGUGGAGGAAAACAGAACCGAGGCGUCUGCUAUUAAUGACGAGCACUCAACUACACCUGACGGCGAUGGUGAGAAAUAUUCGGCCACCAUGACCUCUGAAGAUGCUGCUGAUGAGCUCAAUGCGGCCUCAACAUCUUGUUUCCAAGGAAUAGGCGUCAACAAAACAGAGCUGUCUGCUCCCUUAAAGACUGGUGACCCACUGGCGACUCUUGCCUCUGUUGCGACCAGACGAGGGAACGACACCGAAAGCGACGAGAGUCAGACUGCGGUGGAUUCCUUGCUCGAAAACUCCAAAAAACUCCAGCAACAGUCGAUGCGCUCAGCCGGCAUGACCGCUGCAGUUCCGCCGUCUCAGUCAAAGGUAACUUUUCUGCCACGAUUGUCGACGCCCGUGAUGGGACCAACUGCAUCCACUGGGGGACCACAGUUGAUACAAACGAACCCUCCCUCUAACGUGGCGAUGACUACCAGAAGCGACUGUUCGUGGCAUGACGUUGGAGUCAUUAAACUACCAAAAUUUUCCGUCACUAUGUAUUCUGCGCACACAAAUGACGCUGGCAUCAGCGUUGAGGCUAUUGAUGCUCUACAAGGCCCCAACGGAAUCGGUCCAAACGGUAUUCCUCCACAGGGCCCUAAAAUCUCUCUCGCCCCCGGCACAGCCUACAAAUUUCGUGUUGCUGGCCUGAAUGCCUGUGGCCGUGGCCCGUGGUCUGAAAUCUCUGCUUUCAAAACCUGUCUACCAGGCUUUCCUGGUGCUCCUAGUGCCAUCAAAAUCACCACCAAUGAACAGGGCGCGCAACUCACUUGGGAGCCCCCUCAAAAUACGGCUGGCCGCAUCAUCGAGUACUCCGUCUAUUUGGCCGUUAGAGCGCAGCCCGGUAGCGGAAAGGAACUGCCAGAGACAAAGGCAAGUAUGGCAUUUGUGCGAGUAUACGCGGGUCCUUCUCCAAGCGCCUUGGUCGGACACUCGGUUCUCUCCAAGGCUCACUUGGACGUGAGUUCUAAGCCUGCGGUCAUUUUCCGCAUUGCCGCUUGCAAUGAAAAGGGUUACGGACCGGCCACGCAGGUCCGUUGGCUUCAGGAAUCGCACACGCCUGGACAAGGAGCAUCGGUCGGAGCCCCGUUGCCCGAUGCUCCCUGUGGGGGCACCUCCCCACCAUCGGCGAGCUUGAAGAAAACGCCCUCCGCCGAGGCCCUUCACCUUGCUGAAUCCGCUGACGGGUAG